GGGAGUGUAGCAGUAAAGUUGGUACACAUUCACGUGCAAACUUACAUAACACAGGUACCGCAAACGCCUCCACUUCAAUUCAUAUUUUAAAAAAUGGCUAGCAUCACCCCACAAGCUUGCAGAAAUGUAUUUCGGCAAGUUAGAGGUUUACAUACCUCUUCUAACCAAAAUGCAGCAGCCAGGAUGAAAACCUUUUCUAUAUAUCGUUGGAAUCCAGAUAAACCUGAUGAAAAACCACAUAUGCAAGAUUAUAAAGUAGAUUUAAAUGCCUGUGGACCUAUGGUUUUGGAUGCAUUGAUUAAAAUAAAAAAUGAGAUUGAUCCAACUUUAACUUUUCGUCGUUCUUGCCGUGAAGGCAUUUGUGGUUCUUGUGCUAUGAACAUUGGUGGCACAAAUACUUUGGCAUGUAUUAGCAAAAUUGAUACUAAUUUAGGCUCAAGUAGCAAGAUCUAUCCUUUACCACAUAUGUACAUAGUAAAAGACUUAGUUCCCGAUUUGAAUAACUUUUAUAAUCAGUAUAAAAGUAUACAGCCAUGGUUACAACGUGGUGACAGGAAAGAAGUUGGCUCCAAGCAAUACUUGCAAAGUGUUGACGACCGUAAAAAAUUGGAUGGUCUCUAUGAAUGCAUAUUAUGUGCUUGCUGUAGCACUUCUUGUCCAUCAUAUUGGUGGAAUGGUGAUAAAUACUUAGGACCUGCUGUACUUAUGCAAGCCUAUAGGUGGAUCAUUGAUUCACGAGACACUCAGACAAAAGAACGUCUUUCGAAAUUGCAAGAUCCGUUUUCAGUAUACCGUUGUCACACUAUUAUGAAUUGUACUCGCACUUGUCCAAAGGGAUUAAAUCCUGGAAAGGCAAUUGCAGAAAUAAAGAAACUGUUAGCCAACAUUAGUGAGAAAGAAAAACCAGGUCUUGAUGCUGCUGUAUAACCAUUCUGCUUCUAGCCGUUUCCCUGGAUCGAUUGUGUACUUCUGCCGUUCGGGAAGUUAUGCCAAAUAUGUCUUCAUGAUAACGAUUUUCGUCCUUGGAAGAAAAACAAGAAGAGAUGAAACAAUGUGAAUUUAUUGUUUAAACGAUAAGCAGCGAUACAACUUACACGUAGAGACAGCAUGUAUGCUUCGACUUGUUUAUCUGUCAUUUCACUGUGCGUUUGUAUAAUUUGCUUCAAUGUUUGAUAAACAUCUUCCGCCAUUGUGCAGUCACCGCAUACAUAGAAGUGACCGCGUUUGUUCAUCAACAUAUCAUGAAUUUGUGGUGCUUCCGUCUGAAUCAAAUCUUGCACAUAUGUCUAUAACAAAUAAUAACAAAAUAUUAGGCAUUAAAAAUAAUGAGAACCUAUCAAA